AGAGCCGCGGAGCCCCGACCCUCCCCGGCUCGAUGCACCCGCACUCGCUCGCUAUGACUGACGGAGCCAGCGGAGCUUUAAACGGGCACGUCCCCCCGGCCGCCCGCUGCCGGAGCACGGAGAGCAGCAGCGGCAUGGCCGGCCCGGAGAGAGCGCGGGGCCGCCGGCCCCCACAGGCGCUCUGCGCGGGACUAUUCAGAGUGUUAUUUAUUGCUUUUAUUCACACGACGAGGGGAAACAAACAAGCAUUCAUUCAGUCAGACACAAUCCUAGAGGUUCUACAUUUUGGUGAGGGCAGCCUUUUACAGGCAGAGUCUGACAUCGAUUUUAGUUUAUAUCAUCAACAAAGCACAUCCUCACACCGUGGGAACUGUCGACCUAUACGAUUUGAACCUCCAAUGUUGGACUUUCAUGAACAGCCUGUUGGGAUGCCAAAAAUGGAGAAAGUUUAUUUACAUAAUCCUAGCUCAGAAGAAAUUAGUUUGAUAUCAAUAUCAGCAACAACGGCACAUUUUCACGCAUCCUUUUUUCAAAAUAGGAUAAUUCCACCAGGAGGAAACACGUCAUUUGAUGUGGUGUUUCUCGCUCGUGUUGUUGGGAAUGUAGAAAACACUUUAUUUAUUAAUACGUCACAUCAUGGAGUGUUUACAUACCAGGUUUUCGGGGUCGGCAUCCCAAACCCCUACAGACUGCGGCCUUUCAUCGGGGCCCGAGUCCCAGUAAACAGCAGUUUCUCUCCUCUCAUAAACAUCCACAACCCAUACAGCGAGCCACUGCAGGUUGUGGAGAUGUACUCCAGUGGGGGGGAUCUGCAUCUAGAACUCCCCACGGGCCAACAAGGAGGUGCUGGGAAGUUGUGGGAGAUCCCUCCGUUUGAGACAAAGGGGGUGAUGAGAGCCAGCUUCUCCUCCAGAGAUGUAGACAACCACACCGCUUUCAUCAGAAUCAAAACCAACGCUCCCAACGAGGACCAGUUCAUUAUCCUCCCUGUUGAAGUGGAGGUCACAUCAGCCCCGGGUAUAUACUCCUCCACAGAGAUGCUUGACUUUGGUACACUUAGAUCACAAGAUCGUCCAAAGCUGCUGAAUUUACAUCUUUUAAAUUCAGGAACAAAAGAUGUGCCAAUUACAAGUGUACGUACAACGCCAUCGAACGAGGCAGUCACGAUAGACUUUAAAGCAGUUACGCUGAAAGCUGGAGAGAAUAGAUAUACCAAAGUUGCAAGUAUUAGUUUUGAUGCUUCAAAAGCAAGAAGAACUUAUCAGUUCUCUGGGAAAAUAACAGUUAAAGCAAAAGAAAAGACUUAUUCAAAGCUUGAAAUCCCGUACCAGGCAGAGGUUUUGGAAGGCUACCUGGGCUUUGACCACACAGCCACGUUGUUCCACAUCCGGGACAGCCCCGUGGACCCGGUGGACAGACCCAUCUUCCUCACAAAUGCCUUCAGCUUUGCAAUCCGGAUACACAACGUGUCUCUGCCAGAAGAGGCCAAAACCAUGUUCAAUGUGCAGAACUUCAGCAUGCCCAUCCUCAUCCUCCCACACGAGUCCCGCUACAUCUUCUCGCUCCUCUUCAGGGCCGUGCGACCUUCCAUCCACAUAGACAGCAAUAUCCUGCUCAUCACAAACGCAUCCAAGUUUCAUCUGCCUGUGCGAGCGUACACGGGCUUCUUGGAGCCCCUGGUCCUGCCCCCGAGUCUGAAGGACAACAUUCUGGACUUCGGUGUCCGCAGCGCCACAGACAGCAGCAGCAUCAUAUUUGUGAUAGUGAACAGUAACCCCAUUGAGCUGGAGAUAAAGUCCUGGCUGGUCACAGGGGACAGUCUUUCCAUGGAGCUGCUGAAAACAGAGAAAGGAAACUCAACGGUGACUUUGAGUCGCCUACAAGAGCUGCACAACACUUCAGCCUUGCAUCACAAAACGGUGAUACUGGCAUCCGGCUAUUAUGCAGCAUUCAGAGUGACAUUAGUCGCUAAGGCGUUGGAGGGCGCGUAUGAUGGAGCCAUACACAUAACAACAGAUUAUGAGAUAUUAACCAUCCCGGUGAAAGCUCUCAUUGCUGUGGGGACUUUAAACAGUUCUCCUAAACACAUAAUUUUGCCACAUUCAUUUCCGGGGAAGAUCGUCCACCAGAGCUUCAGCAUCCAGAGCUCCUUCACUCAGAAGGUGAGGCUGCAGCAGAUCCGCUCGCUGACCGAGGACAUUCGCUUUUACUACAAGCGGCUCCGCAACAACAGAGACGAGCUGGAGCCCCGGCGGAAAUCAAAGGUGGCAAAUAUUUAUUUUGACGCCGGCUUGCAGUGUGGUGAUCACUGUUAUGUGGGCCUGCCAUUUGUGCUUAAAUCGGAGUCCAAACCCCACGGGCUGGCGUUACAGGAGGAUAUCUGGGACGCUGACGUCGACCUUCACCAGAAACUGCUCCGACGCUGGAAGGAGCUCAGAGAGCACUCGGGACACAAGAUUGAAGCUGUCUUUGAAGUGAACACAGACCUUCAGAAAAAUGUCCAAGCCAAAAUAACAGCUCAUUUGACAUGGCCUUCGUUAGUCAACUCUUCACAACAGAUCAUAUUCCCCCUGACCAACACAAACAGCUCCUCCGAUGAAGAGGUGAUUCUGCAGAACCCUGCAGACGUCCCCAUCUAUGUGCAAGUUCUGCCGUUAGCGCUGCUACCAAACCCCUCUGUGUUUUCGGGAAAACUAGCAGACAGGUUACCUUUAGGAAAUUUAUCCAACAUCAACAUUGAUGCGCGCACUUUAGAGUUCCAGGUUCAUAGAAAUCAAACAUCCUUAAUGAAGAGCAGUACAGGCUUUGUUGAAGGCUCAAGCAGACCUUUUGUGUACAAUCUGCUCCUGCUGCCCGGAGAAGUCAAGUCCUUCAGUGUGCGCUUCACCCCCGUCAGCAACCACAGUGUCUCCUCCCUCCUCAUAGUCAGGAAUAACCUGACCGUGUUCGACACAAUCGUCCUUCACGGACAAGGGACGACUGAGAGCCUGAAGGUUGCCGGGAAGCCUCCAGGACAGGGCAGCUCGCUGAGGUUUAAGAUGACUGAAGCGCUGCUCAAAGACUGCACAGAGAAAACAAAAGUCAAAGAGCCAAACUUCACUCUUAGAAGAAACUUCAGAGUGGAGAACACGGGAUUGCUCCCCAUCACCAUUAGAUCAGCAGAAAUCAAUGGACACACCUGUGAAGGAUAUGGAUUCAAAGUUCUCAACUGUCAAGAAUUUGUACUGAAGCCAAAUGCUUCUAAAGACCUCGUCAUACUGUUUACACCCGACUUCACGUCAUCUCGAGUGAUCCGGGAGCUGAAACUGAUAACUCACGGGGGCUCGGAGUUUGUAUUUGUGCUGAACGCGUCGUUGCCAUACCACAUGUUGGCCGCGUGUGCAGAGAGCCUGCCCAGACCCAACUGGGAGCUGGAACUCUACAUCAUAGUGUCUCUCAUCAUGAGUUCCAUGUUUCUGCUGGUGAUCGCUACAGCCUACGUGGAGGCUCAGAGCAUAUGGGAGCCUUUCAAGAGACGCGUGUCUGUGGAAUCCAACUCCAACUUGGAGACGGGGAGGCCUUUUAACCUCAGGGAAAUCGUGCAGAUUCACAGUGAUUCAAAGUUGAAUGAUUACAGCGACUCGACCCAGAACUCCAGAAGUUUAUAUUCAUCCAACAACGGAACGACGCGGGUCGUAGGCCGACAGGGAAACAGCCGCACGUUGUCCGACUCAGACAUCCAGGACAAGAGAUCCAGGAUAAGCUUCAGCCAUCAGUCUAUGCAAGCGUCUUCAGCUCAGCUGGCUAAAGGCGGCUCCUCGUCGGGCCAAGAAGGGCCUGCAGCGUGCCAGCUCACCAACCGGAAAGCUCGGAGCACCAAACAAAUGGACCUUCAGAGUCAAAGCUUAGCCGGGUCCUCGGCGCAUCAAAGAAGCCUCUGUCCUGAGGACGCAGAAUACGCCAACCUGAUAGGAGCCAUGGACAACGACCUGGACCGUCCAGAGUCGCUGGGUGCCGAAGCGCUACAGGAGCAGAGUUCUCAGUCGAUACAGACGAAAGUGCUGGAACCCAAAGGGAAGAUGCGACUAAAAGCAAAAGCCCACAAGAAGAAGGAGGAAAAAGAGAAAAAAUCCACAGUAAAAACUCAGGGAGACGAGCUCAAGGAUAACCUGGCCGACAACGACGACAGCUCCUCCACGACCACAGAGACCUCCAAUCCGGACGUGGAGACGGGUAUUAAAGAGGAACCUAUAAAAAAGAAAGGGAGGACGGUAGCUCCUGAAAAGAUGAAGGAAGAAACUUCAAACUUCCUAAUUAAACCUAAAACAAAGAAACAAGGAGCUCUGAAGAAAGAGGCCCCAGCAGAAAAAUCCAGUUCCUUGGAGCUGCCGUAUGUAACACCACUGGAGAACAAACAACGCAAGAGCUUCACAUCCAAAGCCCUCCACCCUCUCACCACCAUCCCCAAAACAAGACCCCUGCAGAAACAGAGAUUAGAUGGAAAGCCGGAGGACGGCCGCCCCGCCCUUCUAGCCAAACUGAUAACCAGCUCUUCGGUGCCAGAGUUCGGCCACAGCAGCAGCUCCGAGGGGGAGAAGGAGUUUGCCUCCCCGGAGUGGGACAUCCCUCUGUCCAUGAACAGCGUCCCAGCAGACAGUCUUCAGCAGAUCUCUCUCCAGACCAUAAAUGCAGAUCCUUUCCUGAAGAGGUCUGCUACGACCGGGACCUGCUCCCCUCCUCCCACCUCCCCCAGUUUACUGCCCCGCGGCACCUACAGCAGCGUGCUCAACAACAGCAGUGAGGUAAAUCAGAAGAAGGCCCCAGGAAAUAAGCUGCCUACCGCCACUCCUCUCCCAGGCAAGAACGGGAACCCCACCUUCGCUGCUGUAGCUGCAGGUUAUGACAAAAGUCCAGGUGGCUCCGGUCCAGGUAAAAUUGACAACCAAGGCAAAACUCUGGCCCACAUGACCUCGGUGGAUAGUGACAGCUCCGACAGCUCUGGGUUAUGGAGUCCAAUUGACACGGCCAGCAGUUCAAACUACCACGCCGCCAACUCCUUCUCAGCUUUUGGCCCCAACAAUCCUUUCAACCUGACGGGAGUUGUCAGUGGGAUGAAUCUCCCGAAGUCGUCUGAGCCUCAGUCCAGCUGGCCAGAGAUCACCGCCGUCUCCCCCUCCAUCUGGGACAUGCCGAGCAGCGACUCCCUGCACUCCUGGCCCUCCAGCUCCAGCUCCCCCACCGCCCCGACUGCAUCACUCCUGGGAAAUGCCUGUAACCCCUGGUCUGCGCCCACGCCCUUCAGCAGCUCCAUCUGGUCCACGAGUGCAGACUCAACCCUGCACUCAUUCUCUCCGGCAAACAACUCUCCAGCUCUGACCGACCUGGUGGCCAGCCCGGCCCCGCCGCCGUCGGCCUCGGCCGACAUGAGCAGGACCUACAACCCCUGGAGCAUCUGGCGUCCCACCCUGAGCAGACGCAGCUCCAAGCCCUGGCCCAGUUCCUCCGAUACCGGCAAUUAAGAUGCAAACGACAGCCCACGACAGAUAUACUUCGCGUGCUCCAUAAAAUUCUUCUACGAGCGGAGAUUACCACCAGAAAGCAGCAUUACCUGGAGCAUCGGACAGCCCAGCACUGCGGGCCAACCGUGCUGCAUUUAGUUCUUUAAAAAUGUUUUAUUCACGGGGGCAGAAAUGCCAACUUUUAUUUGAAUUUGUUUUAACAAGUGCCCCUAAAUUAUAAGUGUUGAUGGCAGGGUGUGUUCCCAUCCGUCGGCAGAGUUUGUUGCAUUACUCCUUUUUAAGUUUGGAACAUGGCACAGUAUCUCAAAUUCAGUAUUAAUGUUAGAAGAGAUUUUUAUUUCAGGCCACGUCUCAGUUUGGUCAAAAGUAAAAUCUGAUUUGAAAACUCAUAUUUAUAUACAUUUGCAUUAAAAUUGUUAAACAUGGCUUUAAUUUGGCAGCAGGGACUUUUUUUUUCAUAAUAUGAAGUCUUUUUUUUUUCUUUUUUUUCUUCCUCUCAACAGCCCAAAGAGCUUCUGGAUCAGUCACAUUUCCCAUUAUUAAAAUGGUCUCUUUUCCACUGAUAUCAAAGGAUUUUGUGGGAAUAAAUUGUUCAAGUGAUCACAGAACUCUUACAUUUGAGGUUAGGACUGGUUACACCUCUGUCACCUCCUUUUGCCAUCAAAUUUCAAUAAAGGAUUUCAGCAUAAAA